AUGGCUAGUAAACUUGUGGUGGCUGUAGUCGGAUAUACUGGAGGUGUCGGAACAUGUCUCCUUAAGGCAAUGAAGAAGAUUGACCUGAAGCCGUAUGCAUUGGUCCGAAGCAAAACCAUGAAACUGGGAGAGAACGGAGAUGAUGUUUCCAUAGAUUACUCGGUCUUACGCGAUAAAUUGUUGGAAGAAUGCAAGAGUUGCAAUGGAAUCCCAGUGAUUGCUGAUGUCACAGCUUCGGGUCAGGUGCAAGAACAUUAUCAAGAUUGGCUUCAAAAGGGAAUUUCCGUUGUGGCCGCCAACAAGGGAAUCUUUGCCGGUCCCGAAAGCAAGUACCAAGCAUUGCUGAAGGCAUCGAAGGAAGGAAAUAGUAGAUUGCUACAUGAAACUACUGUUGGUGCUGGAUUGCCGGUACUGGGUACCCUCCAAGGUUUGAAGGCAUCUUCUCAUAGCAUUGUCACGGUCGAAGGAAUUCUUAGUGGAACCUUGGCGUUUGUCCUCGGACAACUCGCUGGUGGCAAGGCAACACUCUCCGAAGCUGUCAAACAAGCGAAAGAGCUGGGAUACACGGAACCGGAUCCCCGAGACGAUUUGAAUGGAAUGGAUGUGGCUCGCAAGGCUGUCAUUCUAGCUCGUUUGGCAGGUGUAACAGGCAUUGAAUUGGAUGCCAUGCAAAUUGAAUCCUUGGUUCCCGAAUCCUUGAAGGAUUGUAGUGUACCCGAUUUUAUGGAGCAAUUGCCCAACUUUGAUGCCAGCAUGGCAGAAAAGGUCGCAGCUGUCGAGGCGGCGGGAGGGCGACUGCACUAUGCUGCCAAAGUUAUCGUCGCAGAGAAGAAGGUAGAAGUCGGCCUCUUGUCUUGUGAGGCAUCUCAUCCUUUCAACAAUGCAGGUCCAGAUAAUAUGGUUGCCAUGACAACUGACUUUUACACGCGACCGCUAGUCGUCCAAGGAGCCGGAGCUGGCGGAGAUGUGACCGCAACUGGUGUUUUGUCUGAUAUUCUGCAAUGUGCCUACAAGUAG